AUGGCGUCAACAGAAAAUGUUCCUGAGAAGAAGGUCAAGUUGGAGCAGCGAGGAUAUGCAGCAGGAAGCCAUCGAAGUUGGUACGGUUCCGUACAUGGAUAUCUUAUGGCGCAUGCGAAUACUGACGGACUGGUAGCCCAAGAAGCAAUGGAGAAAUUUAGUGUAGAGAAGGUGAGAGAGAUGGAACUAUACAUGGUUUCCGGUACUAAUGGAGAGAAGGAUAUCGCACAACACAUCAAACGAGAAUUCGACUCCAAGAAGGGUGCGACAUGGCAUUGCAUAGUAGGGAGAAACUUUGGCAGUUUUGUGACGCAUGAAACUAAGCACUUUAUCUACUUCUACCUUGGCCACGUUGCCAUUUUACUUUUCAAGACCCAAUGA